CCCUUCAUUGAUCCGUCAAUCAAUCCAUCACAAGAAUGCAUUAAGCGUCUCCCUGUCAUCAGCAGCGUCAUCAUCCGCCCCCUCCGAGCUAAGUCGACGCCGUCUCAGUCUCGUACCUCCUGUCCUUCUUCGCAACCCGUUGAAUACACCUACGAUCCAUUGUCCCUUCACCCGAGCCACAUACUGCCACUAGCCACCAGCCACCGCUAGAUAAGGUGGCCACAGUUCCCGUCUGCCUAGAGAUACGGUCGAGAGAUCAACUUAGACACACAGACACCCUCUCCUAUCCCCCCUGAAUCACACUCAACCACCAUAAUGUCGAACCCGUUGGAUACCGAUGCCGGCUCGGAGCUGUUCAGUAGCUACGAGACCGAGUUGAAGCUCAUACAGGCCGAUUUGAACCAGAAGCUGGAUCAGAUCGCCGAGUCCAGCGGGGAACAACGGAAGUCCGCAAUCAGAGCCGCGGAGCAGUCUCUGGACGAGGCCACCGAAUUGCUGGAUUCAAUGCGCCUGGAGAAGCAGAACAUCCCCUCCGCCGCCCGAUCCAAAGUCAACGUCCGAUUCCGCAACUACUCCUCGGAUGUCGACGAGUCCAAACGCAAGCUGAAGUCUCUCUCGGACGACCGCAAAGCGCUCUUCGGCGAUCGGUACACCGACGACCCUCAGGAUGAGCAUCUGGAGCAGAGGCAGCAGCUGCUGUCCGGCACGGACCGUCUGGAGCGCAGCUCCAACAGACUGCGGGACAGUCAGCGGAUCGCUCUCGAAACCGAAGACAUCGGUCGCAACACGCUGGCUGAUCUGAAUCAGCAGCGGGAGACGAUUAUGCAUACCCGGUCAGGACUGCUGCAAAGUGAAGGAUAUGUGGACACCAGUAUCAAGACUUUGAGGGGAAUGGCCCGUAGGAUGGCUACGAAUCGGAUAAUUACGAUUGCGAUUAUUACGGUGUUGGUCUUGUUGAUUGUCGCUGUUAUUUACAGCAAGUUCCAUUGAGCGUCGGAUUUUUGACGGGCGUUGCGAAGGCGUUGCUUUAAUAUUCUUUCUCCAUCUUACGACAUUUUACAUUUUUUGGCCUGCAGUCGCAGAUACACCACGACUGCCACGGAACCAUUGUAUGAUAUUAUUCGCCGAGCUCUGAUGUCUGUAGCUUCUCGAAGAAACUACCUCGUGGACUCAAUCAAAU